ACCCCUGCUUCGUCGAUUGAUGGCGAGCCUAAAAUCGACGAACGAUGUGUCAACCGGCUGUCAAAAGCUAGAUUUCGUGCGAGUGUGAAACCGACUUUAUCCUUCUCUACUUCCGUGGUUCUUGCAUCAAUCUGUCACAAAAAUGACUAAGAAGAGGCGUAAUGGAGGACGCUGCAAGCACAACCGCGGCCACGUCAAGGCCGUGCGUUGCACCAAUUGCGCCCGCUGCGUCCCGAAGGAUAAGGCGAUCAAGAAGUUCGUGAUCCGGAACAUCGUCGAAGCCGCUGCCGUUCGUGAUAUUUCGGAUGCUUCCUGCUACAACUCCUACGUUCUGCCCAAACUUUACGCAAAAUUGCACUACUGCGUAUCGUGCGCCAUUCACUCGAAGGUGGUCCGUAACCGAUCGAAGGAAGCUCGCCGAAUCCGUACGCCACCCCAGCGGGCGUUCCCCAAGGACAUGAACCGCCAACAGAACGCUCAGCGCAAGUAAAUCGUCGUUAUCGCUGCUAAGUCGUGUCGAGUUGUGCAAAAACCGAUACCACAAUACCGAACGACGAACAUGGCGAAUUUGGCAUCUCCCGGGAUGUUAAUUCCAGGGUAAGCCAAUUGGCCAGUGUUUGGCGCUCGCAAACAAGUUGUAUUUGGAUUAACAUGGUCGCUUAAGGAGGAUAAAUGGAGGAAAAACAUUGAAAAUAAGAUUUACAAAAACCAAA